AUGUUGACCGUGACAUCGAGCGGAUGGUCCCUUCCUUUCUUCACGACUGAGCCUCCAUCGGAGCACACCGACACCGCAAAGAUGGCCACGAUCAACAACCUCGACAUUGCUGCUGCCAAUGCCGCUGGCGGAGGAGCGGCCGACCAUCCCAAGAGCCCGAUUUCGGACGAAUACCGCGCACGCCUGGAACGAAGCCUGGGCCAUCGUCCCGAUCGUCACGAGCUGGAGGAGAAGAACAUUCUUAAGCCUGGCAACCUGGCACCGUCGCUGCAAGCCGCUCGCGACGAACUGGAAAAGUCGCAACGCGCCGACAAGCUCGAAGGUCGACUCGAGCGUCGUCCCGAACGUGAGGAUCUGGUAUCGCGCGGCAUCCUCAAGGACCAAUCGGUUGCACCUUCGCUCCAGGCAAAGCGAGAUGAGCUGCAGAAGAGCCAGUUGACCGACAAGCUGGAAGGAAGGCUCGAGAGGAGACCCGAGAAGGAGGAUCUGGUGAAUCGAGGUAUCCUCAAAGAUCAGUCGGUAGCUCCGGCUCUUCAGGGUAAGAAGGAGGAGCUGGAGAGAGCUCGUCUGGGCAACCAGCUGCAGAAGGAUCUCGAAUCGAGGCCUAAUGCAGAUUCACUCCGACAGAAGGGCAUCCUUCCGCACCAGGAGGAGCAGUAG